AUGGUGAAGGUGAAGAGUGCGGUUGGCGCUAACUACGUCUGCUAUCACUUUAAACUACCCCCUAUAGCCAGUCACCAUCACUAUACCAAGCUGCUGGUGCAUAUGGUGGACUUCAUUGAAAUCGAUGGCCGAACUAUCAUCAUCAUCAUCAUCAUACGAACACUACAACUGCAGAUGGGUCUUCCCGGGGCCGCGGCGUUAAUUUGCAAAAAAUAUUAA